GGCAGCGUGCUGUGCAUCACUGGGUGUUGGACUUCUUGUGGCAGAGGCAUCAGGAGCCACCAUGUUGGGUAGAGGCUUCCAGGGGCUGAAGGAGCAGGCAGAAGGAGCGGCAAAAGAUGCUGCAAGCGCGUUGGGACAGGCCACUCAGGAUGCAGUCAGCCAGAUUACAGAUGCCGGCCAGAAAGCUGUGGAUAAGGCUUGUAAGACAGCACAGGAUGGUGCAGAAAAAGCAGCCGGGCAAGCUGCAGAAGCACUGUCUGGCUUUGGGAAAAAAUGUGGAUUUAAGAAAUGAUGUUGAUGUAAGCAAACAGUACUGCAUAUAUAGCCCACCUUUGCGAUUCCCGAGUCCUCUGUGUAGAAAGCGAAAGCUAUCUGAGAUCUGGAUAACUACUCUCCCCCCACAUACAAAAUCAUAAGGCAGAACGCUCUCCUCAUCCUUCCCACAGGAAAAAUGCAUCUCAGUGCACCACGUUCUGUUCAAAGUGGACCACAAGGCUUCAGCAGUGUUACUGCCCUGCUCUUGUAGCAGUGCAAUUGCCACAUCUGUUGAGUGUACUCAGAAAAACAGCAGGACUGGUACUAUUCCAAAGUACAGGAAUGUCCACGUGAUUAAAUUAAGUUCCCUCCCAGGAAUCAGAAGUUAAGCUGCUGUUGUAUGUCAUGUCAGUUGUUCGCUUAUUCCAUUUUGCUGCAUUUUCAGAUUAACAUAAAUAAAAUAACUAUUAAGAUUUCCUCCCCUCGGAAA